AUGGCGGAGCGCGGACAGCAGCCUCCUCCCGCGAAACGGCUCUGCUGCCGGCCGGGCGGCGGCGGCGGCGGCGGCGGCGGUGGCGGCGGCGGGGGCAGCAGCGGCGGCGGCGGCGCGGGUGGCGGCUACAGCUCUGCCUGUCGGCCCGGCCCGCGGGCGGGCUGCGCGGCGGCGGCGGCGGCGGCGGCGGCGUGCGGGGGCGGCGCGGCGCUGGGGCUGCUGCCGCCGGGCAAGACCCAGAGCCCCGAGUCGCUGCUGGACAUCGCAGCGCGCAGGGUGGCCGAGAAGUGGCCGUUCCAGCGCGUAGAGGAGCGCUUCGAGCGCAUCCCGGAGCCGGUGCAGCGCCGCAUCGUCUACUGGUCCUUCCCCCGCAGCGAGCGGGAGAUCUGCAUGUACUCCUCCUUCAACACCGGUGGCGGCGCCGCGGGCGGCCCCGGCGACGACAGCGGCAGCCCCGGUGGCACGGGCGGCGGCGCGGGCGGCGCGGGCGGCGGCGGCUCCUCGUCCUCGCCGGCCGCCACCUCAGCCGCCGCCGCCGCUGCCGCCGCCGCCGCCGCCGCCGCCGCCGCGGGGGCCGGGGCCCCGUCGGUGGGGGCCGCCGGGGCGGCGGACGGCGGCGACGAGACGCGGCUGCCCUUCCGCCGGGGCAUCGCGCUGCUGGAGGGCGGCUGCGUAGACAACGUCCUGCAAGUCGGUUUCCACUUGAGCGGCACAGUGACAGAACCUGCAAUACAAUCGGAGCCAGAAACUGUUUGCAACGUGGCCAUCAGCUUUGAUCGUUGCAAGAUUACCUCAGUGACCUGCAGCUGUGGAAACAAGGACAUAUUUUAUUGUGCCCAUGUUGUGGCACUGUCUUUAUACCGCAUCCGCAAGCCAGAUCAGGUCAAACUGCAUCUUCCCAUUUCAGAGACUCUCUUCCAAAUGAAUAGAGACCAACUUCAAAAGUUUGUACAGUAUUUGAUCACAGUGCACCACACAGAAGUUUUGCCAACUGCUCAAAAAUUAGCAGAUGAAAUCCUCUCCCAAAAUUCAGAAAUCAACCAAGUUCAUGGUGCUCCUGAUCCAACAGCAGGUGCUAGUAUAGAUGAUGAAAACUGCUGGCACUUAGAUGAAGAGCAGGUACAAGAACAGGUUAAACUGUUCCUUUCCCAGGGCGGGUACCACGGAUCAGGGAAGCAGCUUAAUUUGCUCUUUGCAAAGGUGCGGGAGAUGUUAAAGAUGAGGGACUCCAAUGGGGCCCGCAUGUUGACCCUGAUAACAGAGCAAUUCAUGGCUGACCCUCGCCUGUCACUUUGGAGGCAACAAGGCACUGCGAUGACUGACAAAUACAGGCAGCUCUGGGACGAGUUGGGUGCUCUGUGGAUGUGCAUAGUUUUAAACCCCCACUGCAAAUUAGAGCAAAAGGCAAGUUGGCUAAAACAGCUGAAAAAGUGGAACAGUGUUGAUGUCUGUCCAUGGGAAGAUGGAAAUCAUGGCAGUGAAUUACCCAAUUUAACCAAUGCUCUGCCUCAGGGUGCAAAUGCCAGCCAAGAUUCAUCGAACAGGCCACAUCGGACAGUGUUCACCCGAGCCAUUGAGGCAUGCGAUCUCCACUGGCAGGAUAGCCAUUUGCAGCACAUUAUCAGCAGUGACCUAUACACCAACUACUGUUACCAUGACGACACUGAAAACUCCCUCUUUGACUCCCGCGGGUGGCCCCUCUGGCAUGAACAUGUUCCUACAGCCUGUGCAAGAGUGGAUGCAUUACGUUCUCAUGGGUACCCCAGAGAAGCAUUGAGACUAGCAAUAGCUAUUGUUAACACUUUAAGACGACAACAACAGAAACAGUUGGAAAUGUUCCGAACUCAAAAAAAAGAGCUACCCCAUAAAAGUAUAACUUCAAUAACCAAUCUGGAAGGCUGGGUCGGACAUCCCCUAGACCCUGUGGGUACUCUUUUCAGUAGCCUUAUGGAAGCCUGCCACAUGGGUGAUGACAGCUUCUCUGGGUUCUCAGAUUUUACAGAAAAUAUGGGACAGUGCAAGUCUCUGGAAUACCAGCAUAUACCUGCACACAAAUUUUUAGAAGAAGGAGAAUCCUAUUUAACACUGGCUGUGGAAGUAGCCCUGAUAGGACUGGGACAGCAGCGUGUUAUGCCUGAUGGGCUGUACACACAAGAGAAAGUUUGUCGGAAUGAGGGGCAACUCAUAUCUAAACUUCAGGAAAUUGAACUGGAUGACACGCUAGUGAAAAUUUUUCGAAAGCAAGCAGUCUUCCUAUUAGAAGCUGGUCCAUAUAGUGGUUUAGGCGAAAUAAUCCAUCGGGAGAGCGUUCCAAUGCACACAUUUGCCAAGUAUCUCUUCACUUCUCUCCUACCUCACGAUGCUGAAUUGGCAUACACAAUUGCACUGAGAGCAAUGCGGUUACUAGUAUUGGAAUCUACUGCUCCAACGGGAGACCUCACCCGCCCACACCACAUUGCAUCAGUUGUUCCUAACCGCUACCCUCGUUGGUUCACUCUAAGCCACAUUGAAUCCCAGCAGUGCGAGCUGGCAUCCACCAUGUUAACUGCAGCCAAAGGCGAUGUUCGGAGGCUGGAAACAGUAUUAGAAUCCAUCCAGAAAAAUAUUCACUCCUCAUCACACAUCUUCAAGCUUGCCCAAGACGCAUUUAAAAUAGCAACUCUCAUGGACAGUUUGCCAGACAUCACUCUUUUGAAAGUGUCUCUGGAGCUGGGUCUGCAGGUUAUGCGGAUGACACUGUCUACCUUAAAUUGGCGACGGCGGGAGAUGGUGAGGUGGCUGGUCACGUGUGCUACUGAAGUCGGUGUUUAUGCCCUGGACAGCAUCAUGCAGAGCUGGUUUACACUAUUUACUCCCACCGAGGCCACAAGUAUAGUUGCGACGACGGUGAUGUCCAACAGCACCAUUGUCCGCCUCCACCUGGACUGCCACCAGCAGGAAAAGCUGGCCAGCAGUGCCCGGACCCUCGCGUUGCAGUGUGCCAUGAAGGACCCUCAGAACUGUGCUCUCUCUGCGCUAACCCUUUGUGAGAAGGAUCACAUAGCUUUUGAGACGGCUUACCAAAUCGUUCUUGACGCUGCUACAACUGGCAUGAGCUACACACAGCUCUUCACCAUAGCACGGUACAUGGAGCACCGCGGGUACCCCAUGAGGGCCUAUAAGCUGGCCACCCUGGCCAUGACCCAUCUCAACCUGAGCUACAAUCAGGACACGCACCCUGCCAUUAAUGAUGUUUUGUGGGCCUGUGCGCUUAGCCACUCCCUUGGUAAAAAUGAGCUUGCAGCUAUAAUACCUCUGGUGGUCAAAAGUGUCAAAUGUGCAACGGUACUGUCAGACAUUUUGCGCAGAUGCACGCUGACCACUCCCGGCAUGGUGGGACUGCACGGCAGGAGGAACUCUGGUAAGCUCAUGUCACUGGACAAAGCCCCCUUGAGGCAACUCUUGGAUGCCACGAUCGGGGCCUACAUCAACACGACGCACUCGCGGCUCACGCACAUCAGCCCUCGGCACUACAGUGAGUUCAUCGAGUUCCUUAGCAAGGCCCGAGAGACCUUCCUCAUGGCGCAUGACGGACACAUUCAGUUUACACAGUUCAUUGACAACCUGAAACAGAUCUACAAAGGCAAAAAGAAACUGAUGAUGUUGGUUCGGGAGAGGUUCGGUUGAUAGAACUUGUAUGAAUGGG